CCUGCGCGCCGGAGAAAGAGGACCCAGAAAACUACACGUGUUGUGUACAGCGACUGGCAUCUUUGAUGUGAACUUAGGCACACUCGUUAUUAAAUCUGGUUGUUCAUUUGUUUUGCAACCAUGAGUUCUCAAAUAACGUGUGUUGGAUGGGUAAAGCGCGGAGUUUCUAAGGAAACGCCAGAGAAGGUGGAGUUGAGCCAAGAAGAGCUGCAGCGCAUUAUCUCUGAAGCUAAGGAACAACUAGGAGAGCAGGGCGAUGGCGACGACGGUGACGAAGGCGACGAGGGGACGGGCGGCGGUCCUGAGAUGAGCGAGGAGGCGGAGCCUCCGGCGAAGGAUGAGAACGGGGAGGGGGACGAGCUGGCGGAGUACCAGCUGGACAAGUACGACGAGGAGGACACAGUCACGGCAAACUUGGGGGACAGUCUGGCGGGGCUCACCGUCUACUGCACCAAUGAGGAGGACCCCUACAUCACCAUUAAGGACACAGACCAGUACGAACGGGAGGACUUCCAGAUCAAACCGAACGACAACCUCAUAGUCUCAGGCAGGGCGGAGAAGGACUGCUGUAACCUGGAGAUACACGUGUACAACGCGGAGGAGGACUCCCUCUACGUGCACCACGACAUCCUCCUCCCCGCCUACCCUCUGUGUGUGGAGUGGCUGAACUUCGACCCCAACCCCGAGGAAAGGCAAGGGAAUUAUGCUGCCGUUGGCAACAUGACCCCAAAGAUUGACGUGUGGGACCUGGACGUGGUGGACUGCUUGGAGCCCGUCUUCUCCCUCGGCAGCAACAAACCGAAGAAGAAGAAGAAGAAAGGCAAGAAGGCGGCUGCAGCAGAGCCAGUGGAGGGCCACUCAGACGCAGUUUUAGACUUGUCCUGGAACAAGCUGAUCCGGAACGUGCUGGCCAGCGGGUCUGCGGACAACACGGUGAUACUGUGGGACCUCGUGCAGGGCAAGCCCGCCUCCACGCUGACACGGCACACCGACAAGGUGCAGACGCUGAAGUUCCACCCCUUCGAGGCGCAGACGCUCAUCUCUGGGUCGUACGAUAAGUCUGCCGUCCUGUACGACUGCCGGAGUCCGGAGGACGGCCACCGGACCUGGAGGUUCAGCGGACAGGUGGAGCGCGUCACCUGGGACCACUUCUCGCCCUGCAACUUCCUGGCGAGCACGGAGGACGGUUUCGUGUACUGUCUGGAUGCCCGCUCCGACAAGCCGGUCUUCACCCUCAGAGCUCACGAUGGAGAGGUGUCGGGUCUGGACCUGAGCAGCCAGGUGAGGGGCUGCCUGGUCACCGCCUCGGCAGACAAGCACGUGAAGAUCUGGGACAUCCUGGGGAACAAGCCUAGCCUUAUCCACACCCGGGACAUGAAAAUGGGGGUGCUGUUCUGUACGUCCUGCUGUCCUGACCUGCCCUUUGUGUACACUUUUGGAGGCCAGAAAGACGGACUCCGUGUCUGGGACAUCAGCGAUGUAGCAGCAGUUUCCUCUACAUUUGGGACUCGGGAGCGGCUGGUGGUGAACACAGAAGCGGGAGCAGGAGGCAGCAGCAGCAGCACAGCAGCUGAGAUGGAACUGUCCUAGUGCAUUCAAAUGGAACAAUCCUAAACCACCCCCCCCCCCCUUCCAAUGGAACAGUCCUCACGCCCCCUUCAAAUGGAACGGUCCUAACCAAACCUUCAAACGGAACAGUCCUAACCACCCCUCCUUCAAAUGGAACAGUCCUAACCACACCUUCAAAUGGAACAGUCCUAAACACACCUUCAAGUGGAACAGUCUUAACCACCCCCCCCUUUCAAAUGAACAGUCCUACCCGGCCCCCUGUCAGUUGAGGAGCCUCUCAAUUUGGGCGUUAUGUUGCUAGAGCCCGAUGCAUGUCCGCUGUAAAGCGAGGCGUUGGACAGUUUGGUCUCACGUUGGUUCAACUAACAAAAGUGCAGUCCUACACAUUUAUUCGUUGAACUACCUUUCCAAACUUGCAGAUAUGCUUUUUAAGGAUCAUGUCAUUCCUGUGUGAUAUAACUUCACUUCCUCUCAGAAGAAACAUUUAUUAUUUUUGACGAAACGGGAGCGCCAGAAUUCAAGAAAAGAGCAGAAACUGUCAAUUUGCUUUAUACAUGCUCUGCUAAAUAUUUAUAUUCUUGUAGGAGAAAGAAGAUUCUCGAGCCAAAUGUGUAAAUCCUCCUGAUUAAAUGGCAAAUAAUUUUUU